UUAUUUCAUGGUUCAGGCUUUAAAGGGUUAAAAUAUUCAAACAUGCAAGUCACGCGUGUGGGUUUUCUGUCUUCCUCCCUGUUCACGUUUCAUUUUGUCCCUUUAGGUGAUAAAGGAGACAAAGGAGACAAAGGUACACCCGGAAAACCAGGUCUGGAGGGCACUCCUGGCUACCGAGGCCCCAUGGGCCCUAAAGGCAGCAAAGGCCAAGCAGGUGCACCCGGAGACGCCUGCAAGAUCCCUCACUCUUCUUUCUCUGUGGGACGCCGCAAAUCCCUGCACAGCCUGGACUACUACCAGGCGCUGGUGUUUGACACUGUGUUUGUCAACCUCUACGAGCACUUUAACAUGUUCAAAGGCAAGUUCUACUGCUACGUGCCCGGGAUCUACUUCUUCAACGUCAAUAUCCACACGUGGAACUUUAAGGAGACAUACCUCCACCUGAUGCACAACGACAAGGAGCAGGUGAUCCUGUACGCUCAGCCCAGCGAGCGGUCCAUCAUGCAGAGUCAGAGCGUCAUGCUGGAUCUGGCUCUGAAUGACGAGGUCUGGGUGCGGCUCUACAAAAGGGAGCGGGACAACGCCAUUUACAGCGACGACGUGGAUGUUUACAUCACCUUCAACGGAUACCUGGUGGCUCCCAGCAUCCAGUGAGGAGAAGGCAGGAUGGAGAGGCUGUGUGGGUCCAAUUACUAAGUCUUUUUCCCAGGGAUAUUACUUUGUGCCAAGAAACAGGUACUUAUUAGCGCACAAAACAAUUUAGGUGCUUAAAUAUUCCUUUCAACCCAGAGAGGAAAAUGCUGUUUUGUUAAAUAAAGACUGCCCAAAAUGCUUAAAUCUAAACCUUAAAAAGAAAAAGGAAAUAGGAGGCACAACUGGUACAGCAUAGGGGAAAAAAGUUUAAAUAAUUACUUUGUACUAGAAAUACUUUAUCGUACAAAGAUCUUACUUUUUGUGCCAUUUCCCAUGAUCACCUGCUUUCAGGUACUUUUUAAUCAGACGUCACACCAAUUUUUCAGGAGUUUAAAAUCUGUGCAAUCAGUUUUAUGUGACAUUUAUGGUGCGAUGCCUCUUAGCAACAUAGAAUCUGUCAGAGUGAAAUGUAUUGUGGCAGUCGGCUAUUCAUUAAACAAAUGUCCUCUUUCACAGAAGCAAUUUAAAAUGUCAGUUCAUCCAAAUUACAAAAAUGUCCCACAGCCGCCACCAUUCCACCAUCUGUAUGGAGCCAUGCAGAAAUGGAAAUGCUGAAUCUAAAAGAUCCACUGUCCUAAUAUAAAAUGAUUGCAUACACAUUAGGCAACUCCACGAAACACCAGCUAACAGACACAGGGUCGAUUUUAAGCAUUGCAUAUCCUCAGGUGCUUUACAGGAAAUUAUUACAUUAUGGAGGGACUUAAACACAUUUGACUUCCAGGCUUUACACAUUAUACUGUAAUUUACUCAAAGUAUAAUUUACUCACUGCAAGUAACCGAAUACUUAAAAUUACUUUACAGGUUUCUUGCAAAAGCCUGACUUGUUACCCUCUUAUGUACCUGCCGAUAAAUAUAAUUACAUCGUAAUUUCAUAUAAAAUACAUUGAAUUACGCCCUUAGUUGUGAGUUUUAUUACAAAAAUGCUACCAAAUAUUUGCAGAAUUUUUGUGGAACAAAUUCUACAGGGAUGCACCCAAACACAAGACAUCAGGUAAAAGUCCAAACAUCCCAAUCUUUAAUGCAAAACACUGUCAGAGAUAAAUAUUUGCAUACAUCAUAAUUUGUUUGUCAAAACAAAACAAGCAGUUGUAAUUAUAUUUACCUACAAAUACUUAACGGCAGUGAGAUCGUUGAGGUCGAGUCAUUCUCAUUCUCACUCCUUCACAUUUCUUCUUUGCUAGUGAGCUCCAGCCCGUUUUUUUUUUUUUUUCAAGUGGAUCACAAUGGCUGUCAGCAUCUGCUCUCAUACAUAACGAAAAUCAUAAUCCAACUCGAGUGCUUAUAUUUGCAGUGACGUGGCAGGAAAAUAUUGCACAACUGGAUUUACAUUAUUGUCUUUUUGUAAUUUUGGUGAGCUGACCACUUUCCCAGCAUAUGAAAAUACAUACGGUGCUUUUAUCAAAUGCAGGAAUGUAUUUGACAGUUAUUGUUUAUUGUUUUAGGGACUUGAGGCUGCAGAGCAGUUUAUGUAAAUGUCUGUAAAUGAGCUUUCUAUAAUAGCUUUAAUAUGUUUUACCACUUAAGCUGUUGGGUCUGGACUGUGUAUGUCUAUGUGUGUUUGUUUAUAUAACAUAUAAAAACAGUAUUCC